GGGGAACAAGGCCAGUCGAGCCAGUCUGAGAACUUGCUUCCCUCGCCCCGAGGAUCGCUCCAAGGGCCCGAGGCGGCCGCUGGGCCCGAUCGCCAGGAAGGAUGCUGCCGCCGGCGGACUCUGGGGAUGCGCUCUCCUGGCUGGAAGCGGUGCUGGCCGCCGCCAUCGCGCUGGGACUGCUGCUCGCCCUGGCCCGGCACCUGUGGGCGCUGCGCUGGAGCCUGAGUCGGGACCGCGCCAACGCCUUGCCCCUGCCCAAGGGCUCCAUGGGCUGGCCCUUCUUCGGGGAGACGCUGCACUGGCUGGUCCAGGGAUCGACCUUCCACAGCUCGCGGCGGCAGAAAUACGGGGCGGUCUUCAAGACGCACCUGCUGGGCAAGCCGGUCAUCCGAGUGAGCGGCGCCGAGAACGUGCGCAAGAUCCUGCUGGGCGAGCACAGCCUGGUGAGCUCCCAGUGGCCGCUCAGCACCCAGAUCCUGCUGGGCUCGCACACCCUUCUCAACGCCAGCGCCGAGGUGCACCGGCAGCGCAGGAAGAUCCUGGCGCGAGUCUUCAGCCGCGCCGCCCUGGAGAGCUACCUGCCCCGCAUCCAGAAAGCGGUGGCCUGCGAGUUGCGGAGCUGGUGCAAGGAGUCCGGCCCCAUCGCCGUCUAUUCUUCCGCCAAGACCUUGACCUUCCGCAUUGCAGCUCGGAUCCUGCUGGGGCUCCGCCUGGACGAGAAGCAGUUCAAGGAGCUGGCUCGGAUCUUUGAGCAGCUGGUGGAGAACCUCUUCUCCUUGCCCCUCAACAUCCCCUUCAGCGGGCUGCGGAAGGGAAUCAAGGCCAGGGAUCUGUUACAUGAAUACAUGGAGAAAGCGAUUGUAGAGAAGCUGCAGCGGAAAGACCCUGAGGCACACAGUGACGCUCUGGAUUUCAUCAUCAAUAGCGCCAAGGAACAUGGCAAAGAAUUCACUGUGCAGGAGCUGAAGGAGUCUGCCAUUGAACUGAUCUUUGCUGCUUUCUUCACCACGGCCAGUGCUAGUACUUCCAUGAUCCUCCUCCUGUUGAAACACCCCUUGGUCAUAAAAAAAAUCCAUCAGGAGCUGGCCUCGCAUGACCUUACCAGGCAGUGUCAUUGCUUUGCCACUGGGGGAUCUCUGACCAACCAACAGCCCUGCAAAGAGACUCUGGUAGUCCAUGGAAAAGAGAACCAAGCCAGGGACUCCCAUCUGCCUCUUCCACCAAGACUGGAAGGGGAACUUGGCACAGGGACGAGAAGCCAAGAGAAAAGUUCUGUCUUGCCCUCUAAUGCUGGGGCAGCUCAGGGAACUGUCAGUGGGACUACAAGCUGCCUGGGCGCCAUCUCCAGGCAAGGAGAAGCAGGCCAGCUCCUGAGCAGGCCAGAAGGACCCGAGUGCUGUUGCCGUUCCGAUCUGACCCUGGAGAAGUUGAGCCGCCUGCGCUAUCUGGAUUGUGUCAUCAAGGAAGUGCUUCGUCUGCUGCCGCCGGUGUCUGGAGGCUAUCGGACGGCCUUGCAGACCUUUGAGCUAGACGGCUACCAGAUUCCCAAGGGCUGGAGUGUAAUGUACAGUAUUCGGGACACGCACGAGACUGCCAGCAUCUACCAGAGCCCCCCAGACACCUUUGAUCCUCAGCGGUUUUGGGUUUCGCCAGAAGAGAGGGAAGAACAGAAAGCAGCUGGCUCUUUCCGCUUUCACUACAUCCCCUUUGGUGGGGGAGUCCGAAACUGCAUUGGCAAAGAGCUGGCCCAGGCUAUCCUCAAGCUGCUUGCCAUCGAACUGGUCAGCACAGCCCACUGGGAGCUAGCCACAGCCCACUUCCCCACCAUGCAGACUGUCCCAAUUGUGCAUCCCGUGGAUGGCCUGCAGCUCUAUUUUCAUUUCCUGAAGCCUGGAAAAGAAAGCAGUGGGACAAGCAAGGCACACACUUGAGAGGCACUAUGCUCUCCACGGCGCCACUAGCUUAGGACUCUGAUAGAUCAGGCCUCUAGGACAAAAUAGCAGAUCUCUUCCAGCAGUAGGAUUUCAAUCUGCACCAAUUCCUCUCAUCCAGCUGAUGCUUGUGGGAGGGUGAAGGAUUUAGCCCCUGUCCUUGGUCCUUAAUGGCCCGCAGGCCUAUUAGCACCCAAGCUUGUUCAGAGAUCUGAGUUCAUAGCAAGAACCCUCUCUGAAAUUCUGCACUUUUUGUUAAUAUUUGUGUGCAUUGUACAACCUUGUAACCUGGUUAAGAGAAAUCAUGGUCUAAAGCUAGAUGCCUCAGAAGGGAUCUUAGAAACAAUGGUGUUAGCUUCCAUCCAGGAGAGACUAGAUAUGCAGAGGUCAAGUAUCCAUAGAGUAGGAACCGUGUUGUGUCCACUUAGAGUGCUCUGUGUUGAUCCUGUCUCUGUGAAGCUUCCCCAAAACUCCUUACAACUCAGAAUAAGGCUGCUGCUCCAUGUUUACAUGAGAAGGUAGAAGCGACAUGUUUUCCUACAUGGGAACAGCCAGAUAGGGGCAUGGACUUAUACCUCUGUGUAAGUACAGAUGAAGAAGAGCAUAGCACAUAGAGCUGAGAUUUAAACAUUUCGUAAUGUUUUUUUAGGAUGAGGAUAUCCAGAGACUUAAACCAGGGCUGCCCGUAAGCUUCAAAGAGAUGGCAGACAUAAGAAGACAUAGAUUCCUAGUUUCCAAUUACUAAUACCACUCGAUUCCUGUGUGCCUGUAAAAAGUAAAUAGUGUUACAGGAUAUCUAUAUUAUGAAGGGAGAAAGUGAGACUCUGUCAAUAAGUUGCACUUCUGUUAGCUGGUCUUCAUUUCAAAUUUCACACAAUUUGGUAAGGCAGAGCUCUGUGCUUUAUAGCUGCUUCCCUCAUAAACACAAAGUAAUCUUAUAUAGAGUUAACUCAAUGCUUAGGCAGCAACAACUGCUCUAUUUUUCUCCUCCUUUCCCUCCCUUUCCCUUUUGGACUCCACCCCCCCCCUACAGGAUCCCCACUGGGACAAAUUUCUAAACAAAACAUAAAAGAUAGACUACACUGCACUCUGGAUUUGGAAAGCUGGGCUAUGGGAGAAGGACAGACAUGGAGGCUGUUCUUAUGCACAGCCUGACCCGGGCUAGGGGUCCCAGUGGGGCAGCACUGCCUAGCCCCUCUAUCUACCCUGGUGUAGCCAAGGUUAAGGGAGUGAGCCCUCCCUUACCCACCCACCCCAGCUACUUGCUCGUGUGCGAGCAUGGGCUGCUUCCAGCCUGGCCGGACACAGAGAUGGGCAUCUAGAGCGUCUGUCUCCUGGGAGAAUCCCCCAGUGCAUCUCACGUGUCACAUGGCGUGUUGUGGGAUUCAUGGAGGCUGGGACAAUGAGUCCUGGCCUCAGAUCUAUCUGCCCUGCUCCAUACUGCACUGAGCAGGACUGACUGUGUGGGAGCAUGUAGCAUGCUCCCACCAACAAAACGGCGAUAAUCUGGGAGGGAAGGCAAUGGUUUGGGAAUCCUUCCCCCCACCCGCCUGGUGAGCCAUAUGAAUGGCCCCAUGAUGUCUUAAACAUGGCUCCCACAUGCAAAGACAUUAUUUGAUUGAUUAUCAUUCCAUGAUGCAGCUAAAGAAACAGGCCAGCACCACUGGAAAGCAUGGCAUGACAUGUAAGAUCCAUCUAUAGUGCUGGAUCUGUGAUGGCUCAUUCACAAAGGCAAGCCGCUGGUCAAGUGAUGAACUUCCAUGCAUGAACCAACCCUUAGACUGCAUUCAGUCAGUCUGUCAUUCAAGCUGUUCACUACUAGCCCACACCAGGCAGCCAGCAACAACAAAAGGCGAAGAUGUUGAAUGAUCUGGUGGUUCUGUCCAUAUAACAAUUGAACAACAGUGCUUGGUUUUAAAUCAGUUCCAAAUAAUUAGGGUUAACUGGUUCAUGGAUCAUAGCUUUAGUUUGUGAGCACAUCCCAUUGAACCUGAAAAGAACAGUUCACAAUGAGCCAGUGCUGUUUUAUUCAAGGGUAGAGGUUGUCUCUGAAGUCCUUAUGGAAUCCAUUGGACUAAGAUUGCCUUUUUAGCUGCUUAAGAAAUAGCUUUGUACGAACUGCAGGGUUGUGGCUUGAGCCAGGAGUGUGUGCUGAGAACUGGGUUAUAAAUGGGAACAAAUUGUGGUGUAGAAGUGGAAACGUGAAUGUGGAUUGUGGCUGACAUGCUGCACAGCUUCGUGCAGGCUGUUAAGAACUGCCCGCACCACUGUGGGCAUCUAAAAACCAUGCCCAUAGUGCUGUGCCACAGAACCCUUCACUAGUACUGACCCUUUUGCAAUUGCAUGUCACAAUGCUACUUGCACUGGGAAUAAUGCAAGUUGCAUCAUGAUGUGCUAUUGUGCAAAAGUAAGUGGCAGCGAAAGAGCCCUGUUGCGUAGCACCAUGGGCAUGUUUUUUAGACCCCUGCAGUGGCACAACUGGUUCAGUACCACCUGCAUCAAGCUGCUCAGCACAUCCACCAGUGUCUUUAUAAUCUGGAUUAUAUAUACUAUUUGAUUAGGAAUGCUUGUGCAAGGAGGAUCUUGCUUUAGUGCCAACUGCCAAGAGGGAAGAGAUGUCUUUCCUGACAUACAUUUCAGCAAUGUUAACACAUUUCCCUGGCAUAUACCUGGUUAAAGCUGCUAUGGUGUGUCUUCUCUAGAUGCAGAAGGAUUAUGGCAUGGAGGAUUGUUUGAGGGUAGGAAAGCCAGGCUGCAGGUUAGGGUUUAGAAACACAUGAACAUCUUUCUUAAAAGGAAACAAAUAGGAAAUAUGAUACUGCAGUCUGUACAGCUAUGGUAGAUAUUCCAAUAUCUCUGAGAUAGCGAAAAUAAAAUAAAAAAGAAAAGAAAAGAAAAAAGCAAUGUUUCUCCAGAUUGAACUGAGGGGGUGGGGUUAAGCCUUUCUCUGGACCAGGCCUGCUCAACUUUGGCCCUGCAGCUGUUUUUGGACUACAACACCCAUAAUCUCCAGCCUCAGUGCCCAAUGGCCAGGGAUUAUACGAGUUGUAGACCAACAUCUGCAGGAGGGCCGAAGUUGAGCAGGCCUGCUCUGAACUAUACCAUUUCACCUGUGUCUGAGCUUUCCCAUUUCAUGUGCAUAUGAUUGAAUGCCCUUCCAUGGAAAAAGCAUAUACACAGAUCAGUAUCUAAUCCCCCUCUGCAUAGGCCAGUUUUUUGUGUCUAAUCCUGUGAACAUCCACCUGCAAUUCAAAGUAGUAUAGCUCAAAUACAGGUCUACCCCCUCCGUGAGUAGUAAGCUUCAGAUACAGCACUUCAAAGAUGUGCUCCAGCUGCAGUAUAUGCAGUUCAGUUUCCCCCGGAAGAUACUGCAGCAAGAUGUAGUGCAGAUCCAGCAAACUGAACUGGGGUGACCACCAAGUUGCUGCUGUCAGAAAGAACUAGCAACCACAUUUAAGGCAACUUCACUGUAUAGGAUUUAGCUCCAAGUGAGGCCCUGGAUC